UGAAGUUACAAAAAGAUUUGAAUGUAAUAGUAGUUUAGACUUUUCAGAACUUCAAUCUGAAUCUAGUCAUACUACCAUAGUUGAUCAAAUAUCAGGAUUUGGUACUAUUGCAGUAUUGCUUUUUAACGUUGCUGUUUAUGGUGUAACUUCUCGAUUAAGUCUUAGAAAUACUUGCAUUGUUGACUAUUUGUUAAUUCUCGCAUGUUUUCUUGUACCAAUCUUUUCAUG